UCUCCCCAUUUCACUUCCCGAUAAAUAAACAAGAACAAGAAAGAGACGUAGAUAGAGUUGGUUUUUUUAUCUGGUCUCUGCUACUGCUACUGCUCGUUUGGGAGUGAGUGUUAAUAAACCAAGCUAAGAGAGGCAGAAAACUAAAGUAUUCACUACUCAUUUCAUUUCUCUAUCCUGAUCAGUGACUAUACUCCUCUUGAGACCGUAUAUACUUGCUGUCAUUUUCAAUAUUCUGAUAUUUCCAUUUUCCCAUCAGAAAUACUCAAUUUGCUACCAAAAAGUGCUCAGAAUGGGGAAAGAGUGGCUGUACUGGGGUACUAGUAGAUCUACCAAGAAUAAAGGAAGACGGUCAGAGAAAGGAGAAAUCAAUGAACAAGUUACUACUGCUGGUUGCAUGUGUGCUGUUUUUCAAAUAUUUGAUUUACCUCAUUUUCAUUUAGCAAAUUUGAACCAGCAGCACCAAUCUCAUCCUUCUUUAACUAAAGAAGACCAAGAACCUGUUCUCCUCAAAGGAAUUGAAGCGCCAAGAAACAGCUUGGAUUUAGACGAGGAAAGGCCUGUUCUUGUGGAAAAUAAAUCUGUUUCAACUUCAUUAAUAAUUUCAUCAGAAGAAAAUUUGAACAUUCCGGUUGGUAUUCAAAUUAGAACAAGCAUUGACUCUAGAUCACCUAGAGUAUCAACGUCAACUUCAAGAGGAAAAACAGAUGAUUUUUCCUCUGAAUAUAGCAGCUGCUCUCCUGGGCCCAAAACACCAACACUUGUUGCUAGACUUAUGGGCCUUGAAAAUUACUCUCCUCUUUCCAAUAUUUCCACUAUCAAUAAUACUCCAACUUCAACUUCACAUUGUAAGUCACUCUUGGUCCAAAAGCAAGUUCAAGGCCUUAACAUUACAGGUACUGUGUCACUGCCUGAGACACCAAGGGUAUCUUCAGAGAGCAGGAGGUCAGAUGUGGAAUAUCAUCAUAGGUUAUCUCUUCAAAUCAACAAAGAAAAUAUUGGUGAAGAAUCUCAAGGUUCAGCUUAUCAAUACAAUGGCAAGAAAAUGGCUAGGAGAAGGAGAGAUGAUAAACUAAAGCAAGAUGAUGAGAAUACAAGUCCAGGAUAUUAUGCUAGACAAAUUGUGAAGCAAGUAAAAGAGAGAGUCAGCAGGAAAGUUGGUCAUGACAUUACCAACACAGUUACAAGUAAAGACGAUAAUAAUGUCGUCUUGAUUAACAGCAAUAACUACGCCUCAAUUCCAAACAGUACUGUUGUGUUGCUUAGACCGACGAAAAAACCCAAGGCUCUAAACCAUCUUGGAGAUGAUAAUAGCCUAGUUAGUAAGCAAUCAAUUACUCCUUCUAGCUCACCAAGGUUAAGAUUGUUGGAGACCAAGAACAAAUUACCAGUCACAACUACAUCAACUGGUAAUAAAACCCAAACUUUACAGCACUCUCCUAGACUUUCAUCUGCUGCUAAAAUUAUCACAAAUCAUAAAUCUCAAGAUUCUUUAUGGGAGGAAAUAAAACAGAAGCAGCAGCUGCAUCAGAGAAGUAGCAAAAAAGGAAAAGGUGAGAGAUAUGAGAAGCCACCAUUAAAAGAUCCCAUCUAUAGAAAGAAGGAAGAACAAUUCGUUCAUUCUGCUGCCACAAAUAAAGCAAACAUCACGGACAACAAGUGCAAGAAAACUGCAUUGUCAACCUUUUUUCCUCCGAAGAAAGAGCCUUCUUCUCCCCCCACUAAAUUACUCAUCAAAAAGUCACAGGAAUCAGAUGCUUGUCCAUUGAAAAGGAGCACACAAUUAUCUUGUAGUUCGAGCCAUUCGUACAACACCACACUCCAAGAAAGCAACAAAUGUACUAACGGUACUACUACUACUACUUCUAGUGUUGGACGAGAGGAAUUUCAGUACAUUGAAAGAAUACUGAAACGUGCAGGAAUUGACAAAUGUACCCCAGUGUCCUUUGCCAAGUUGUACUCUCAAUCUCACCCUCUUGAUCCUUGUAUUUUUCACCACUUAGAACUUUUUCACCCUUCCAUUUUUACCGUACCAAGAUCAAGUUUAAGCCAGAGGUGUAACAGAAAGCAUAUUUUUCAACUUGUUAACGAGCUCCUUGUUGAAAUCUUGGAACCAUAUUACAUCAAGUUGAACCCCAUAUGGCUAAAGAAAAGGCGAUUACAUCGUCAAAUGAACGGGUUGGAGCUGAUUAACACACUCUGCAUGAGAAUACAGAGUUUACCUUCAGCUAAUUGCCAAGUUCUUGAAGAUAUUGAUGCAUUGAUAGAUAAGGAUUUGCGAAAAAAAGAGCUCGGAAUUAGAGGCCGUGUGUUUGAAGAAGAAGAAGAAGAAGGGGAAAGCAUAGUAUUAGAGAUUGAACGUGAUAUAUUUGAAUCACUUGUGCAUGAAUCUGUGGCAUGUUCGUAUAGAAUAAUGAGGUAGCAGUUGAGUUAGAACAAUUGAGUGAUUGAAGUAUACAAGUAGAAGUAACAAUUUAUAUAUUUUCGUUUUGCAUCUCAAUUUAAAUUUUUUGUGCAAGUCUUUUCCCCCCCAAAGUGCAA